AGUCAUUUAUUUUUUCGUAUACAUUCCUUAAUUGAGCGAUAUUUAUACUAUACGAUUUCUAAUGAUCAACACAAACACUAAGUUUCGCAUCACGUGAAUUCCAUUUAAUCUAUUAGCAUUUUAGCGUGUAACUUCAGUUGUGAUCCUAAACAGCGUUAGUGUGAUCAAUACAUGUGGUCAAAUAGACUCACUCAUUUUUCAUAGAUACGAUUUCCUCACUAGUCUCACUUCCUCACCUCACUAAGUUCAUUACAUUCAACUCGAAUGUAUUUUUCGAGCUUUGAAGGUAUCCAAUUUAAUGUAAGAAUAACGUUAUAUCUUUAAAAACUAUAGAUCCAGUUGGAAGAAAUAAUCGCGAUAUUCUUAUAAAGAGUGGGCUUCAGUUCGUUAAAACCAUUUGAACCGAGUACAAAUUGUAUUUAUGAAUUUUGCCUGUGAUUAUUGGUUGACCAAUUUAUCACAGUUGCAUAAUCGUUUGUACAUUGCAUGAGCGACUGUGCGACCAAAAAUUAGCGGCUGGUGAAAUACAUGCGUGACACUUACGCGUUGCAAGGAACAUUGCCCAGCUAUCGAAAAGUACGGAUUUACAUCGUCCAGGGAAGUGUUUUAUUAGCAGUACAGCCUCAAGUCACACAACUUGUACAAUUCUUGUAGUUUCCUGAAUUAACUUUAAAAGCCUGCACUACUGAAUAACUCGAUAUAAGUUAGGAUGAAUCAGUGAAUCAGGAUGGGGGAGCCAAUUCAUGACUGCACCUGACGACUUUACGUUGAAGUACAAGCUAUUCUUAUAGCAUUAAUAUAAUCAAGAAUGGAUUAAACUUUUAUGGAAAAUGCUGGUUCCGACCCAGAAUGUUCUUGGGUCUUCAAGAGCGGACGGUGGGCGCGUCAACACCGCAGCCGAUCGCUUCCGACUCGACCAAGGUAAACGAGCGCUCCAGAAACUCCUUGCUGAGAAGAGGAAGGCCAAGGCGAAACGCUUAAAACUCAGCGACUAUGUGCGCCUGUACUGCACUAUCUUUGGUGGUCUUUUGAUCAUCGUGGGCUUUUCAGUUCUCAUCUUUUUGGUGCCAAUGAAAAUUGACCCGGCAUUGGCGACACUGUCGUACGAGUUCAACCCUACACCUGUGAUCUUGACAGUAGAACGUGUGGACUUUAUUAAAGGGAUAAGCAAAAUUGACUGGUGCUCGUGUACCGAGGCGUGCACCAGAGACGUCUUCGAGUGCUACCAUAUCAUCGUAUCCUACAACAGCCUUCCUGGAGGCAGGUACGUCACCUCGGGGCUGUUGGAGGCCCAACAAAUGUUGGUGGAGCUGGAUGCGACUGAGGCAACUGAUGGCACAAACACUGGUAGUCCUGCCAGUGAGAUCAAGAGUUCAGCGAGUGAACGCGGGGCGCUCGAGAGUUCAGUGAGUGAACACGAGGCACUCGAGAGUUCAGUGAGUGAACACGAGGCACUCGAGAGUUCAGUGAGUGAACACGAGGCGCUCGAGAGUUCAGUGAGUGAACGCGAGGCGCUCGAGAGUUCAGCGAGUGAACACGAAGCACUCGAGAGUUCAGUGAAUGAAGGCGAGAGAAAUAAUCCUAGAAGAAGCGAAAACGUGAGUGACGAUUCUUUGUGGUCUAGAACCAAUCAUAGAAUUUCCUUAUUAGAAAUAAAUAACAGCACAUCGCCGGAUAGGAGAAAAAGAAGACUCAAACGCAACACUUCAGUGGGCCAGGGCUGUCGGUAUUGUUUGAAUUGUGAAGUAUGCAGCGCCAAACUUUUGGUCAAUGUCAAAGGCUGCGGCUAUCCUCCAGAAGUGAACUGUACCGAGUUUCUGGAGAAGUACGGCAAGCCAGGCCGCCGGCUACCAGGUUAUUACAGCUCAUUAGACUCCAGUAUUGCACUCGCCGAGUAUGACGAGAGUUUAAUUAGACGAGAACUGGGGGAGGCGCUCGGCUAUACGUUCGGCAUGAUGGUGCUCGGUGUUUGUAUCAUCGUCAUGCUACAUCUUCCUUACAAAAAGCUACUUGCAAAGAUCCCUGGCCGGAAAAUACGCACUUCCGAGUCAGAAGAUCAGUUCCGGACGGUAGCGAAGCAUUAUGCUCACAUGAGCGUCGCCGACUCUAUUUCCAAAGUCGCUGCGCGGAUGAUCAGACUCAACAGAAAUUCUCGAGACGAAACAAUUUUCAACUCUCGAGCUGACAUCAGCACAGCUAGCAGCACCCUCAGCAACGGCGAAUUCAAAUCCGUAGCAAUCAUCAGCAACGCUGACGCGGCUCCAGGGAGGAGAGGCGCUGCCGAGGACUCGCUUAUUCGAGUUCAAAGCGAAGACGGCGGCAACAACGCUUGGGGCGACAACCUUGACUUUGAACCUCAUCUAACUUUCGCUCGCUUACCUCCGGUAACUGAGGACUCGUUCCCGAGAUACCCAGCCCCAGACAGGUUAAUAAACAAUGAUGGUCUAGAAACGAAUAUUUUAGACAGUUAUAAUAAUCAUGCAAGUAAUUUUGUAGACAUUGACUUCCCACCAACCAGAGGCGAUUGGCGUGUUGACAACACCAACAGACAACCCCGAGGGAACGGUAACUUCAACCACAAUUUUGUUGAAAUUCCUGAACCAGUUGAUCGAUCAGGGCGAUUCCCUGUAAAUAAAUGGUAGCCAUAAAAAUAAUCUAAUACACUAGAAUACUUUAUGUUGUUAUUAUCUUAGCUAUUGUGAACCUCGCCUAUCAUUGAUUUCAUGGCAGGAAUCAUGAUCAGAAUCCAGCUCUGCACUGUCAUGAGUAACGUUCAUCCCAGAAGUUGGUCGGGCAAACGAAACGUUGGGUUCUGUUUUCGUUUUAUUUUAGGAUUGCCACGCUGGUGAAGUGGCCGGAUUUAAAUAAUUUGAAAGCGAGCUGCGGCCGCGAAACCUUCAACUUGCUGUAAAAAUUGUAAUUGAAACCAGUGAGGUGGCCGAGUUGUUAAAAAACACUAAGAUUGCUGUGACUUGCGGGUUCGAGAACCGUAUCAAGUAGCAAAAUAUUUGAGACGUCUAUAAACGAAAAAAAUAUAACUCAGUACUCACUGCAGUGAGUGAC